AGCAAUGGCGGGUGGAAGAAGUAGUGAGACGCGUCCCUGCGGCUUCGGUCUGGAGAAGGGGCCCCGGCAGCUGAUGAGAGCGGGGAUCACCCUGAUAUUUGUGGGACACGUCAACUUCAUUCUGGGGGCCAUUGUGCACGGGACGGUGCUGAGACACGUGGCGAAUCCAGAGAAGAGAGUGAGCCCCGAAUACUUCACUGCCAACGUCAUCUCUGUGGUGUCGGGGCUCUUGAGCAUCUCAGCCGGAAUCUGUGCCAUCCUGGCGUCCCGCAACCUCCGCAGAGUCCACAUACAAUGGGCCCUGCUGGUUCUGUCUCUGCUGAACUCUGUGCUCUCAGCCGCCUGCUUUGUGGGUUUGGUCCUCGCUGUGUCACUCACCAUCGCUAAUGGGGGGAAGAAUCUGAUAUCGGGGUGCAACUCCACGGUUCUGCCUGCCGACACCCGCUCUGUGGUGAUGAGCAACGAGUGCCCGUUUGAUACCACGCGGAUCUAUGACACCACACUGGCUCUCUGGUUUCCCUCCAUGUUCCUGUCGGCAGUUGAGGUGCUACUGUCAGUUCGGUGCUGUGUGGUGGCUUUUAUACUGCGAGGGAUUGGCCCGUGUGGGCAGACUUACCUCAGGGAACGGAUGCAGGAGGAGGAGGCUGAGAAGGAGCGAUUGGAAGAGGGUCCCAGGCCAGAAACCCACCAACUUAUUGAGGCCUCGGCAUAGACAGGUCUCUUCUCUCUCUCCCCUGGCUCCUCUUUUUGUGCGGCCCCCCAGCCUCUAUGUGUGGGGGUGGUACUCGGACCAAUGGACUUUUGGGGAUGUCUCUGGCCAGGAGUGGAAUUUGUUAUUACUGGGACUGCAGCUGCUCGACACUAUUUAUAUCCACUUGUUGGGCCCCUGGGGGCCCUUCUUCUGCUUUUCAUUCGGAUUCAUCUGCUGUGAGAUUCCUUUGGGCCCCUUCCUGGAGAUUAUUGGCAACUCCCCGCGUCCCUGUAGAGCCAUUGGCUGAAGUUCAUGGAGGGCCCCCUGGUGCCAGUCACUGGGUUUUUGAUUCAGAAGAUUUUCUGUUUAAAUGUCUCGUGAAACGAGUUUUUUUUUAUAUCAUUGUGUUGUUUGAUCUUGGUUUUUUUUUUUAUCCAAAAUAAACUUUCCCUUUAAACGUG